AUGGCAACAGAAAAACGUCCUCAAAACAGUGAACAAUCAGAUAAUGAACCCAAACGUAUUCGCGUGGGUGCAACAAGAGAUAACGUCGACGUACAUAUGAUACCUCAAGCACCAAAAGUUCCAAAGACCAAAAUUGAAAAAGAGAAUGCUCGUCGACUUAUCGUUAUUCUAGAAGAGGCUACUCUGGAAACAGUCAAAAUCGGCAAAAAUAAAGAGGGACAUUAUCAAUUACUCAACGUUGAUGACCACUUGCACAUUCUUAAGAAGAAUAACCGGGAAACAUAUGAAGCACGUCCUGAUAUUACACAUCAGUGUCUCUUAACACUCUUAGAUAGCCCUUUGAAUAAGGCUGGUUUAUUACAAGUUUACAUCCAUACCCAUAAGAAUGUAUUGAUUGAAGUGAAUCCACAUAUUCGUAUUCCCAGAACCUUCAAACGGUUCGCUGGUUUGAUGGUUCAACUACUCCAUAAAUUGAGUAUACGUGCUGUAAACGGCAAUGAAAAGCUUUUAAGAAUUAUUGAAAACCCAAUCGAAAAGCAUUUGCCCACUAAUAGCCAUAAAAUAGCCUUAUCUUGGGAUGCACCUACAGUAAAACUAUCAGAAUACAUGCCAACAAUUCCCGAAGAUAAAAAUAUUGUGAUUGCUAUCGGUUCAAUGGCUCACGGUACAGAUGAUUUUGCAGACUCAUAUGUUGAUGAUAAAAUCAGUAUCUCAGAUUAUUCAUUAUCAGCAUCAGUAGCAUGUGGCAAGAUAGCCUGUGCAGUUGAAGAAAUGUGGGGUAUUUUAUAG